AAACAAGUUACAUAACGUGAACUAUCCGAAAUAAAAUCGGCAGUAAUAUACGACCUUGAUAACGCGAUUAAAGAUAACGGAUCUAUAUUACUCAGCAUUAUGCGUGCUGCUUUUGGAUGACAGACAGUACCCAAUAUUCUGCCAUGGAAAGACCAGUGAUAACUGUGCAGCAAGGAAAACUGCAAGGAAUCUUCGAAGAUAAUGUCCUCGGCUCUCGUUAUCUCGCUUUUAAAGGCAUACCUUUUGCUGCUCCGCCAGUGGGCGAGUUGAGAUUUAAGGAUCCCAAACCUCCGGCUUCCUGGGAAGGUAUCCGAGAUGCUUCCAAAAAUGCUGAUGUUUCUAUACAAUUGCAAACAUUGCCCUUUUCUUCUAUAAUCGGCAGCGAAGAUUGUCUUUAUCUUAAUGUUUAUAUUCCACACAACAUCUACCGGACGACGCGAAAUCCAGUUAUGGUUUUUAUUCAUGGUGGAGCUUUUCUUGUUGGCAAUGGCAAUGAUAUUAACAAACGACCUGAUUAUCUUAUGGCAAAAGACGUCAUUCUAGUGUCCAUAAAUUACAGACUUGGUGCUUUAGGUUUCUUAAAUAUUGGUCAUGAAGAAGUAAGCGGAAAUCAAGGCUUGAAAGAUCAAGUUGCUGCAUUGAAAUGGAUUAAGGAAAAUAUCGAGAUUUUUGGCGGAGAUCCGAACAACAUCACUAUUUUUGGCGUUAGUGCAGGCGGUUUAUCCUCACAUUUGUUGAUGAUGUCGCCGUUAUCUAAAGGUCUGUUUCACAAGGCUAUUCUUCAGAGUGGUAUGGCUAAAUGUUUUUGGGCGAUAGCAGAGAAUGCAGAAGAUAAAGCUUUUAAGCUCGCGUCAAUACUUGGUAAUGAUUCUAAGAACCCCAGCGAAGUGAUUAAGUUUCUUCAAACGAUACCUGCAAAUAACAUUAUCAAAGCUCAGUACGAAGUUUUCACUCCGCAGGAAGCACGCAUUGCUAAUAUACCUUUUGGACCUUCAAUCGAUGAGAAAUCAACGAAACCUUUUCUGCCAUACCCUCUUUCUCAGUUAUUCGAUAAUGAAAUUGAUAUACCAGUCAUCGUUGGUUGUACUUCUCAUGAAUACAUAAUGUUUGUUAAAGAUACCACCCAAGAGACUUUAGAUACGACAUAUGCGGAUUUAGAAGUUUACGUAAAAAAAUUUACAAACUUGGAAGACUCGAAAAAGAUAGCGCGAUUAACGGAGAAAGUCAAAGAGCAUUAUUUUCAUAAUAAGCCACCUACUAAAGAGAAUAUUCCAUCUUUUAUUCGAUGCUUAAGUGAUAUUGCUUUUUCUAUUCCUGUUAAGAGUUAUGUGAAUGAUCAAAGGAAAAAGAAACGGGCACCAAUUUACUAUUAUAAUUUUUCCUACGUCGGUAAUGAAAUGAAUAACACGAAAUAUAUCUUGAACGAAAUGCCUAUGAUUGGAGCUUCUCAUACUGACGAUAUGGCAUAUCUUUUUUAUCAGCCAAUUUAUAAAGCCAAUGAUCUUGAGCCGCCGGCGAUUGGUACAAAAGAUCGGGAUGUAUUAGAAAUUCUUACGACAAUGUGGACCAAUUUUGCAAAGACAGGAAAUCCUACACCUGCUGUUGAUGAGUAUGUAACUACUAUUUGGCCACCGGCAACAGCUGAUAGCUUUAAUUUAUUGGACAUCGGAGAUACUCUUCAACUUUUAACAAUUACUGAUCAUAGCAUAUUCGAAGAUUCAGAAGAUUUAUAAAAGUUGUAUAAACACUAGUAAGGUGAAUGAGAUUUUAAUAGUUAUAGAUUUUUCACAAUGUUAUAAUUAAUUUAAUAUAUUUCAUAUAUAAUAAUAAAUAUCUUUGUGCAUGUGUGUAUAGGUGUAUUUAUUAAUUUAAUUCGAAUACAUAGAUAUAUCCUUUAUUUUUCUAUGUAAAUAACUUAUAAUAAUACAAUAACAGACAUCGUCCGUCUCAUCUUUGCAAUACAACUGCAGGGAUAUGUUUGCAAAAGUAAUUAUUUUUGAUUUAACAAGGUGCAUUUAUACUUCCACAGCAUGAAAAUAAUAUAUAUAUUAUACUUUACUGGGAGACAUUGUUGUAAUUCAAUUAUGUACAUAUGUAUUUCUUAAAAAUGUUUUAUAUAUAUACUAUAAGGUAUGCAAUAUUUAACAAAAGUAUCGAUUGUGUGCACAUAAAUAUAUAUCUAUACAUGGCACUGAUAA